UCAGGGUCCGCGCGGUGUCGCGGACUAACGGCCGCUGGAGGGGCCCCGGCCUGAAGCGGAGACCUCGGGCAGUGGACGGAAAAGAAGGAGCGGAGCCAUGGAGGGCAGCGGAGGCAACAGCAACAGGACCUCGGGAGGCCUGGCGGGGUUUUUCGGCGGGAGCGGCUCCGGGAUGAGCUACUCGAACGCCGAUCUGGCCGGAGUGCCCCUUACUGGUAUGAGUCCUCUGUCUCCAUAUUUAAAUGUGGAUCCCAGAUAUCUUAUACAGGACACAGAUGAGUUUAUUUUACCCACUGGAGCCAAUAAAACACGGGGCAGGUUUGAAUUGGCAUUUUUUACCAUUGGAGGAUGCUGUAUAACAGGAGCUACAUUUGGAGCAGUGAAUGGCUUGAGGCUGGGACUAAAAGAAACACAAAAGAUGGCCUGGUCCAAGCCAAGAAAUGUACAGAUUUUAAAUAUGGUAACCAGGCAAGGGGCACUAUGGGCUAACACUCUGGGCUCUCUGGCUCUGCUCUAUAGCGCAUUUGGUGUUGUCAUAGAAAAAACACGAGGUGCAGAAGAUGACAUCAAUACAGUAGCAGCUGGAACCAUGACAGGAAUGUUAUAUAAAUGUACAGGUGGUCUUCGUGGAGUAGCAAGAGGUGGUCUGACAGGACUAACCCUUACUAGCCUGUAUGCAUUGUAUAACAACUGGGAGCACAUGAAAGGUUCCUUGACACAACAGUCACUUUAGAGCUUAUACUGAGAACUGAAUGGAUAGAGGACACAUCAAAAGUUCCCCAGGUUGAUUUGUAAAAAUCAAUUUGGGGCAAUAUUCUGAUCUACCUACAUUUAGUAUGAAAAAAAAUAACAGGAUCUUUUGUACUGUCAUGAAGAUCACUGGCACAGUUUACCAGGACUGGCACUUCUUCCAGCCAGUAGUGUUGGAGCCAAAAGCAUCUGAUGCCUCAUUGAGUAGCACAGUCAUCGUUUUCUCCUUUGAAAACUUUCUGCUGCAUGUCCACUCUCCACUACCCCUGAAUUUUUGAAAUAAGAUUUAUUCCCAGAUUCAGGUCACAUAAUUGUCAGCAUCAUACCCACCAAGUUAAUUCACUUAAUGAUUUAUUGUGAACUAUAAUACACUGCUUUAUUUCCAAUAAAGAGUGUUCUAGAACCAAAAGCUGUAACAUCAGAAUAAAGAUGUGUACCAUUUUAAGGCGUCUGUCACAA